AUGGAAGACGUAAAGAAGAGAAAGAUAGAAGAGGCUUCGGACAACGGUGAAGAAAUCUCAACAUAUUCAGAGGACCACUUGCGCUCCUUGCUUGACCCCCUUGCUAAACCCCAGCUCGUCGAUCUCCUCGCUAAACUAGGUUCCCAAUAUCCUUCAAUUGCAGAAGAAAUUAAGGGUGUUGCUAGUGCAGAUCCUGUUCAUCGAAAGCUUUUUGUUCGUGGGUUGGCUUGGAAUACCUCAUCAGAUACCUUGCGUGCUGCAUUUAGUGAGCAUGGAGAAAUUGAGGAAGGGGCUGUCAUCUAUGACAAAGCAAGCGGGAAAUCACGCGGCUAUGGUUUUAUUACUUACAAGUAUAUGGAGUCAACUCAGCAUGCGCUCAGAGCACCUAGCAAGUUGAUUGAUGGUCGCCUGGCUGUUUGUAAUCUAGCUUGUGAGGGGUUAAGUGGGACAAGUGCUACCCUUGAUCUUACCCAGAGGAAACUCUACAUUGGGGGCUUGUCACCAAAUGUCACAAGUGAGAUGCUGCUCCACUUUUUUGGCAGGCAUGGUGAUAUAGAAGAGGGUUCAGUUGCAUAUGACAAAGAUACAAAUGAGUCACGUGGGUUUGGCUUUGUUACAUACAGGACAGUGGAGGCUGCAAAGAAGGCCAUAGACGAUCCGCAAAAGACCCUUGGGGGGAGGAAUAUCAUUGUGAAGCUGGCUGAUUCCCACAAGGGCAGAACAGUACAAGCACAGCUACCCCCAGCAAUGGUUCCAAUGGCCUUACCUCUAGCGGCUGGAUAUCCCCAGCCUGGAAAAGCACAUGCAGGCGCAACCCCUGUUGGCUACGGCUAUCCUCAAACUGUAGCAGCAUACCCUGAUUCUUCUUACCCAAGUCCUUCCACAGCUCCAUACCAGGCACAAUCACAAAUUCCCUAUCCAUAUUACAUUGGCAAACAAUGA